AUGCUUUUGCCGACUGCGAAGGCCAGUGUCACUGAGAAGCAGCCUGUCGUGGAUGCCAUGCUUGAUGCAUGCGGUGCAACCUAUCACGUGACCCCGGCGGGGGGCUUCCUUGUGGCCGCCAACUCACUUGUAGAGAUGCAUAGGAUAAUGCAGGAAACUGCCGAGCGGCACGCAACCCUCAUCCAGGCGUUUGCGCGGACGCUUUCCUGCUGCACCACCCUGCAGAGACGUAUUUCGGUGUGGGCGGACCUUCUACGAGACAUUGACUCGCGGCGGAAGCGGGUCGCUGAGGAGGAACGGCACCGGUUCCAGAAUCGUGGGCUGCAUCUCGCCCAAUUGCUGGACCUCAUGGAAGACGAGAAUACCGCUCGCUCCGCGGUGAAGGAAGAGUGCUGGGGAGAGUACAUGGCACUCCAACACUCGUUUCAAGAGCAGAUGGAGGUGCUUCUGGUACAAGUGGUCGUCUCUUCCGUUUGCAAGAGGGAGAAGCAGCUGCAUUUGACUCGGCAGCAAAAUUGUAGGGAGAAACUCGACAUGAUUCGGGGUUACAUCCGGCAGCGGGUAGAGCAACACCGGGCCCGUUUGGAUAGCGUGGUUGAGGCGCAGUUGGGAGGCAGAAAUCAGCGCCAGGGCGCACAAGAGCUUGCCCGCGCGCACGCGCAUCUGCUUCGCGAGCGGGAGCAAAGCGAGCUGCGGCGCAGGAAGUUUGAGGCGGCGAUGGAGCGCACGCGUUCCAAGAGCGAGUCAUCGCGCGCGGCACGUGAAGAGGCAGUCCACGCGAGUAAAGAGAAGUUAUGGCGCCGCCACCACCAAAACCGAGCUGCCCGUGAGAGACUUCAGCAGGCACGUGACGACUUUAACGAAACUCUACAGGCGCAAGUACUUCUGCAGGACAUGGAGGCCAAAAUGACACGCCAGGUGAAGGACGAAAUUGCGUCUUUCCGCCGGCAGGAGACGGAGCAUGUUGCGCAGCGACUACGCCAGGAGCGACAGCGGGGGGAUGAGGCCGCCAUUCGGGCUGCGAAGGCGAAGGAGCGGAAAACUAUGCAGCAUGAGCUUCGCUUGCGGCAAGCGAAGGAGGAGGAAGAGCGCCGAAAACGACAUGCGAUGCAAAAGCAACUUGACAUGCAGCAGAGGGAGCGGCGGGCGGCGGAGCGCUUAGAAAGGGCGAGAGAGCAACAAAAGCGGAGGCUCAUGCGUGAGCUCAUUGGGGUGGAGGCCUCUCUCCGGAAGUUGCCGCUGUAUGAGCACCGGGCCGGACGAACCUCCCUCCGCGCGAAUAGGUGCGACGACCAACUUGGUGAGCCACUCGUGCUUACAAGUGGGAAAAAGACGUAUACGCGAAUCCUCUCUGAGUCCUCGUUGCGUGGUUUGUUCGAGUACCACGCGACAAAACCGCGUGCAGGCUCGCCGUACCCGUACGCCACGCCCGGACGGUAA